CGGUGCCCGAGAGAGCAGGGAGGGGAGAGCGCUCCAUCUCCACGGCAGGCGCCCCGGAACACUUCUCACCCGCGAGAAACCUGGCCCAGCGAGUGGCCGCGCCGGCAGCGUUUGAGAGGGACGGAGCGACAGGGAGGCUGUGCCAGGCUGGAGGAGGCUUGCCUUUCCGGAGCCGGAGAUUUCCCGGGGCUUCGCCUUCCCCUGCCCGGGAAGACUGUCCCCUCCGGUAGCAGCGGCGGCCGCGGCGGCCCGGGCAGCAGCAGCCCCAGCUCCUCGGCGGGGGCCCGGGGCAGAAUGCCCGUCCUCGAGCGCUACUUGCACUCGGCAGAGCUAGGCAGGAGGUGGACGGCCCCAGAAGGUGUGCUGCCCUCCUCCGCGGGCGGCCGGCCGGGGUGCCAGCAGGGGCCGCUGCCCUGGGACUUGCCCGAGAUGAUCAGGAUGGUAAAGCUGGUGUGGAAAUCCAAAAGUGAGCUGCAGGCGACCAAACAGAGAGGCGUUCUGGAGAACGAAGAUGCUCUCCACAGCUUUGCAGGAGAUGUACGACUAAGGGGUCAGACGGGGGCUCCUGCUGAACGCCGUGGCUCCUACCCAUUCAUUGACUUCCGCCUACUUAACAAUACCACACACUCAGGGGAAAUUGGCACUAAAAAAAAGGUGAAAAGACUGUUAAGCUUUCAAAGAUACUUCCAUGCAUCGAGGCUGCUUCGUGGAAUUAUACCACAAGCCCCUCUCCACCUGCUGGAUGAAGACUACCUUGGACAAGCAAGGCAUAUGCUCUCCAAAGUGGGAAUGUGGGAUUUUGACAUUUUCUUAUUUGAUCGCUUGACAAAUGGAAACAGCCUGGUAACACUGCUGUGCCACCUCUUCAACACCCAUGGACUCAUUCACCAUUUCAAACUAGACAUGGUGACCUUGCACAGGUUUUUAGUCAUGGUUCAAGAAGAUUACCACAGCCAAAACCCGUAUCACAACGCUGUUCAUGCAGCUGAUGUCACCCAGGCCAUGCACUGCUACCUGAAAGAGCCAAAGCUCGCCAGCUUCCUCACACCUCUGGACAUCAUGCUUGGACUGCUUGCUGCAGCAGCCCACGAUGUUGACCAUCCAGGAGUGAACCAGCCAUUUUUGAUCAAAACUAACCACCAUCUCGCCAACCUAUACCAGAAUAUGUCUGUGCUGGAGAAUCACCACUGGCGAUCUACGAUCGGCAUGCUUCGAGAAUCAAGGCUUCUUGCUCACUUGCCAGAGGAAGUGACACAGGAUAUUGAACAGCAGCUGGGCUCCUUGAUCUUGGCCACAGACAUCAACAGGCAGAAUGAAUUUCUGACCAGACUGAAAACUCACCUCCACAAUAAAGACUUAAGACUGGAGGAUGCACAUGACAGACACUUUAUGCUUCAGAUUGCCUUGAAGUGUGCUGACAUUUGCAAUCCUUGUAGAAUCUGGGAGAUGAGCAAGCAAUGGAGUGAAAGGGUCUGUGAAGAAUUCUACAGGCAAGGUGACCUUGAACAGAAAUUUGAACUGGAAAUCAGUCCGCUUUGUAAUCAACAGAAAGAUUCAAUCCCUAGUAUACAAAUUGGUUUCAUGAGCUACAUCGUGGAGCCCCUUUUCCGGGAGUGGGCCCGUUUCACGGGCCCCAGCGCCCUGUCGGAGAACAUGCUACGCCACCUGUCCCACAACAAAGCCCAGUGGAAGAGCCUGCUGCCCACGCCCCACAGGAGCGGCGGCGCGGAGCACGCGGGCCAGGGGACUGACAGCGACGUGCCCACUGGGACCAAAGGCGACGCCCCGUAGUCCCAGCCUGUCCGCCCCGGCUCCGCGCAGAGAGGAGAACCUCCUGGAGCAGAGGCCUCCUGAGAGGGUGGCAGCUCUUGGCCACCAGGCCAGCCACGUGCUGGGAUCCGUCCCGGGCUUUUCGCAAGGCCGCCCACCUCCCACUCACCUGCCUCCUCUCCUUUUUCCAAGUGUACAGAAGCCAUCCGUCACCUCAGCAUUCGCUGCCGGAAUAAGCAACUCCAUUCAGGAACGUGGGCGCCGAUCUCGGGGGGGAUGAGGGGGUCAGGUUCGCCCCUCCAGGAGAAGACUGGGGAGUAAGAAAGAGGUGCUCCUGCCAUGUCCUCCUCGGGCCCCGGGUCACACUGUGACAGGCGACGGUGGCUGAGUCCAGAGCAGUUUUUUGUUUGUUUUCGGGUUUUUUUUAGCGUUUGCCAUCUGACUGCUGAUCUGCAUGACAAAAACACCAGCAUACUCGGACCUCCAAGGAGAUGGGUCUUAGGUGCCAGAGCACAAAUGAGAACGUGAGAGAAAGGACCUUCUAUUUUAAUAAUAAUUAUUAUUAUAAAAAUAAUAAUAAAUCUUUUUAACUUUUAUAUUUUAUGCACUAGACAAUGGAUCUAAAACUUUGGACUAGGAUUACUCAAUGUACCCAAUCUUGAACAGGGGGUUCAUUGUUUUGUUACUGACUUGAUGCCACUUGGGGUCAGAGAUUUGGCAUCUGUUCAAUUUAAGAAACCACGUUUCCUAUCCGAUCCGAGGGGAAGGUGCUGUACAGUUCAUUCCUUCGCACCAUUAGCCGAUCUGUCUUUUAUCUACAACUCAGAUUCCGUGACAUGUUUAUAUGCACACGUGUACAUUUUCUGUAAAUACCAAGCGCUACUGAUUCCCAUGCCAAAAUACAUGAGUAUUAUGGGAUUGCUACCUGUAUCAAUAAUGGCACUGUGAACAGAAUACUGUUAGUUUUCAUACAAGAGAAUGCGUUUGUAAAUCUGGUGUAGAGUUUAUUAAUAUACUAUUGUUUGCAGAUAAAGGCCUUAACUUUAAACAUCUUUCAUCUUCUGAAAGCUGCCCGACUUAAAUCCUCACAGAUGUCCUUCUGAACUGCCUUCCCAUGCCCAUCUUUGUGCUUUCCAGCUAAGGUCACAAACCAAAACUGACUAAAGUCUUUGAGGAAAUAUUCUGGAAACUUCACACGCAUUCCGCUUGAGACCAUAGUGUUUUUAUCUAUGGCACCAAGCAUCGUUUCCUCAGAUUAAUGGGACCUUCCAACAAGCCUGAAGUCACUUUUCAACACAGCAAUGUUGCACACUGUUUUAACAAGCCAGCUGAUAAGCUCGUGUUUAUGUGACCCUUGUCUUGGACCGUGGCGAUGUGUCAACCUCGCAGGAGACACGGCAGGUCUCACAAACCUUCUAUGACCCUGUCAUCUAACCAUCAGGGAACUCCCUGCUCUCCCACCACACUUUGUUUGUUAUGGCUACAGUACC